CUCUCAAAGUUACUUUCGAUUUGGCUAUAGGUUUGAUGACAGCAGGGAGUUAUCGGUCUUCUUCACUAAGGCGGAUCCAAGAUUAAAACGAAAGUACAUUGUUUACUAUAAAAUCCAAAGAUGGCAACCUCUAAAGAAGAGAAAAUACCCAGUAAAAGUAAGGCCCUGGUCGUCGCUGCGAUCGACUUCGGGACGAUGUACUCCGGUUAUGCCUUUUCUCUCACACAAGAUUGGAAAAAAACGUACACAUACACCUGGUAUGGAGGAAAUGCACCUUCGAAUAAAAACCCGACAGUGUUAUUGUUAGAUUCGAACGAAGAGUUUGUGGCUUUUGGCUACGAUGCCGAAGACCAAUACUCCAAGUUGACCGCCAAAAAAGUUCAUGAGGAUUAUUACUACUUCCAACGAUUUAAGAUGAUUCUACAUCAAGACUUGGGAGUAAAGAAAAACAUUCUUUGUACUGACGAACUUGGAAAGAAACUCCCGGCUUCUAUGGUAUUCGCUCAUUGUAUUCGACAUUUGAAGGAUCAUCUGUUAACGGAAAUAAAUAAAAGCAUUCCAGGGAUCUCAACCGAGGAAGUAGACUAUGUUUUGACAGUACCUGCUAUAUGGGGUGAACGUGCCAAACGAUUUAUGAGGGAGGCAGCCAAAGAGGCUGGAAUAAAAGAGAGACUUAUAAUUGCACUUGAACCAGAGGCUGCUUCCAUUUACUGUCAGCAUCUAACAAAAGAGGAUCUAACAAAAGAUGAUCAUAAGCAAACCUCGUCUGUGCUGGGACAACUGAGUGUGGGUGACAAGUACAUGGUGGUGGACCUUGGAGGGGGAACAGCAGACAUAACAGUGCAUCAGCAAUGUGAAGAUCUCACUCUAGAGGAAAUCGUCCCCGCAAGUGGAGGGCCCUGGGGAGGAAAAUCGGUAGAUGACCGUUUCAUAGGUUUCCUUGAGAAUAUAAGCGGCCCAGAGUCAAUGGCUGAGUACAAAAAGCAAAAUAUGUACGACUUUUUAGACAUUCUUAGAAAAUUCGAAAUUACUAAACGAAGCAUCACACCUGAAAAAACCGGACACGUAUGGGUACGAAUUCCUUUAUCUUUUUUUGAAUUUUGUAAAACCAAUAGAAAAGUAAAAAAUGCUUCCGCUGCAAUAGAGGUAUCAUCUCAUAAAGGCAUUGUUCAGUAUGAAUCAGGAAAAUUGAAAUGGACAGUAGAGAAUUUCAAGCAAAUUUUCUUUGAGGAAACGGUCGACAGCAUUGUAAAACAUAUAGAAAAACUGUUGAAAGACGCUAAAAUUAGAGAUACAAAAGCCAUAUUAAUGGUUGGAGGCUUUUCUGAAUGCAAAUUAGUUCAACAGGCAAUCAUAAAAAAAUGUACGGGCAAGAAGGUUAUAAUUCCAAUCGACGCAGGACUAGCAGUUGUGAAAGGCGCUGUUUAUUUCGGUCACGAUCCAAAGGCCAUUUCCAGAAGAGUAGCAAUGUAUACGUAUGGGAUACAAACCUGGCCCGAAUUCAAACCUACACUGCAUCCACUUUCCAAAAAAUACGAAAUCGAUGGUAAAUCUCGUUGUAAGGAUGUCUUCUUCCCAAUUGUGCGAAAAGGAGAAAAGAUCCCUGUUGGUUUGUCCAAACCUCAAAUCUUUCGCCCUCUGUUUGAAAAGGGGAGUAUGCUUCAUUGCUCUGUGUACAUCUCGGAUGACGAGGAUCCAAAAUAUAUCGACGAAUCUGGUUGUGACCUACUGGGAACCCUCGAAGUACCACUGUUGAAUCAUGAUCCGGCGAACGUAGAGGUGGAAGAGACACUUUAUUUCGGAGAAACUGAGUUGAGGGUGACUGCUCGAGAUUUAUCAACUAACAAGGCCAUAGAUUUCACGUUCGAUAUUUUAUAAUAAAAGAUGUGCAUGGAACCCGUGCGAUAUUUGCCAUUUUUGAAUACCUUUUAGAUUCGUAGAUAAAUCUAUUCUACUGUAAUACACGUAUAUGUACUGUACAUUUCUAUUGAAAGCAAAGUUUACUACUAAUUUUUUUUUCUAAAUAUAAAUUUCAAAAUCGAUGAUAUUAGAAAAUAAACACUUUAAACCUAGUAUAUAGAGCAUGUUACAUAUAAAUUAUCAUGAUUACAUGAUAAUGAUAUCAUAUUAUAAUUUACACUGCUCUCAAUAGAAAGAAACCUUUGACUCUUUUUAUUAUACAAAAUUAUAAUUAUACAUUUUUUUUUAUAAAACUACAUUUUCAACAA